UGCGCCUGCAGAGGUAUGUAAGAGGCCGCACAUGUUUCCCCGCGUUCCAGUCAGGCAGCGGCACUCGCGGGUGACUGUUCGUGGCGGAUCGUUCGCGUAACAGUUACGUUACAGUGGGAAAUACGAAAAAAAAAGAAAAGGAAGAAAAGACGUUCACUCAAGCGAAGGACGUCACGGGGACACGCGUCGUGCGGUAUCAUACGUCCACGUAUAUUAGAAGACCGACGUAUCGUUUCCGUACAAAUACACCGCCGACCAACGACGACACCGUACAGUCGUGUCCACACGGUUACAAGCGAGCCGAAGUGUGAGAGUGGUGGUGUGCCUUCUCUUGUGUGUGUUACCCGCGGAGAGUGAGCCUCUCUCGCGAAACGCGCGCGCGCGCAAAAGGACGAGUUCUUUUCCUGGCAGUGUGCUAUCUUGCUGCGUUUCGAGAACCGACCAGACCGCGAACGUCGUUGCGCCCCGACAGUACCAACGGACGAGAGAAACGGAGAACGCGAGUUUCACCUUCAAGCCACCCCUCGAACGUUCGCUAGCUAGCCACCCUCUCAAAGAUCGUUGUUCGUUGUUUUCGAUUUUUUUUUUACUUUUAUACUUUUAGAUGUAUAUGAACAAUUUUUCUACGCAACACGGUCGAUCGUUUUUUUCGUUGCUGAAGUGAGACACCAGCGAAUGAUAGCCGUACGGUAGUGCUCUCCGAGGAGGAGAAUCGAGUGGCAGAGAAUCUCGUCGGGUGGAGAUCCAGGGGAACGAGUGUUGGAUACAAGGAUAUUCCGGGGUUGUUACGGAACCCAGUGAUCCGCCGGCUGACGUCAGCGACGCGCUUUCGUGAUUCCGUGCGAUUCUGCGACGAGAAUAGUGCUCGCGACCGAGACACACCACACACGUAAGCGAUUUUCCUUUCUUCAAUCUCAGAAUCGAAACGGCGGUGCAACCAUAAAAUCCUUCCCACGAAUUCACAGACCCAAUAAGUUCCACUGCAACAUCUCAAAAGUCUUGCACGAGAUUCGUCCAUUGUGAGAUUCUACCAUCGCGAGCAUCGGGUGGUCGUCGCUAGCAAGACGGCCGAUCGUGUGAGCGUCCUCGGUGCUAUUCCGCGACUGCCCCGACCAGCACCAGCCCGAAGAUUCUCCCAGCGAAGGGCAAGAUGCACAUCGAGGUGCAGGUGGCGCUCAACUUCGUGAUAUCGUACCUCUAUAACAAGCUGCCUCGUAGACGGGUGAACAUCUUCGGCGAGGAGCUCGAGAAAGCGCUCAAGGACAAGUUUAAGGGACACUGGUACCCGGAGAAGCCCUUCAAGGGAUCCGCGUUCAGAUGUCUGAAGACAGGGGACCCGGUGGACCCAGUGCUCGAGCGGGCAGCGAAGGAGAGCGGCGUACCGAUCCAGGACAUCCUGGAGAACCUGCCGGCAGAGCUAGCCGUCUGGGUGGACCCGGGCGAGGUUAGCUACCGUAUCGGCGAGAUGAACGCGGUGAAGAUCCUCUAUUCGGAGACCGGCGAUCCUCAUGACGAAAGCUCGGCCGAUCGCGAGGUGACCAAGACCUUCAAUCCCGAGGCGCAGUGUUUCAGGCCGAUCGAGGCGGUGGGCACGUCUCUCGGUGGGCUCAGCCUCAGUCCAAAAUCCACCUCGCCGUUCCCGAGCUCGCUCGGCAGCAAUGCCAGCAAUGGCUCGUCGAACAACCAGCAAAGCGGCCACGGUUCUGGCUCUUCAUCGGCGCCCUCGCCCACUCCGAUUACUAGCUCGUUUAAGGGCUCGCCUAGCCCUGUACCAGCUUUCAUACCGCGCACCACAGCACCGCUCACCUUCACCACCGCCACCUUCGCUCAAACCAAGUUCGGCAGCACCAAGUUGAAGACCAGCAGCAAACGAGCUAACAGAAUGUCCCCAACCGAGUUCUCAAACUACAUCAAGCAGCGCGCAAUGCAACAGCAGAUCCAUCACCAUCACCACCACCCGCAACAGCAGCAGCAACAACAACAGCAACAACAGCAACAAGCAGCGGUAGCGGCAGCGGCUGGCGGUCUGCCUGUAUCCCAGAGCUCCCCGCGUAGCCGUAGCCUGUCGCCGGGCAGCAUAGUCGCUGGCGCUGGCCAACAGCACACGGAUCCGAGCGCGUACUUCUUCCAGCACGGACCAGCCGCGUACCAUCCCCAGUUCCCGCACCGCAGCAUGUUCGAGUCGUCGAGCCACGGCGGCUAUUUGUCCGCGGACCUGUACACGGGUGCGAAUUUCCCGUCCUCGUACCUGGACCCUACAACGAUCGCCGGCCAUCAGUUCUAUGGCGGCGGCGUGAACGGGACCAGCGGCGCAGCGGCUGGCAGCACUGGCAACGCGCAAAAUGCCGGCAACUUGGGCCCGGUCGGCUCUGCUGCGGCGACUAGCAACGUGAACGGAACUGGCCAGCAACAGGACAAGACCACGCUGGUCGACGGCCUGAACAACUUCGGCCUGGGCUCGGUCGCCUCCUAUCCAGCCAACCAGUACCAGCACUUGCUCGUGGCUAACUAAUACAACAACACGCGUGCUGAUGCCGGGAGAGCGUCGUCGCGGCUCGAGUCGUCGCGACUGGUGCUCGGCGCCGCCGCCGUCGCCGCAGCCGCUGCCGCUGCGGUAGCAAACUCCAAUGCCACGGGACGGAGAGGAAGAGGGCCGGGGAGACGGGAACGAUCUUCCAGCCUCUCCAGUGCGUCGAGACGUCGUCCAGAGACCGCAACCGGCUCCCGUCUGACAGAUGACAAACACACCUACCGAUCCGCUUGCACCAUCCGGCCCGACGGCGGCCUCGCGCGGGGGCGCCGCAAGAACCCCGAUUGCUCAUCGUAGCCAACCAGCUGCAUCUGAUUCCUUUUUCUCAUCAGCGGAGGUAUUGUUCACGGAAGACGCGCGUCACACACUGACAGUCAUCCAACGAUCAUCGACCGUCAUCGUCAUCGUUAUCGUCGUUCCGGGGAGCUCGUCGAUUCUCUUCGUUGGCUCGAUCGUUCGGGUAGGAUUCUCGCUGGUCCAACUACCUCUGUGUUUAGGGAAUGAUGAUGAGGAUGAUGAUGAAGAUGAUCGGAGGACGCCGAUCGUAACGCUGAUGCCGUACCGAGGACACCUCGGCGACGAAGAUGCGAGCGGAUUUGCGAGAAGGAAAGAAAGGGAGAGUAAAAGAGAGAAUAAGGGAGAAAGAGGGAGAGAUAGAGAGAGAAUGAGAGUGUACACGGAUUUCUUACAGUUCUUCGGUACGCGCGUCUGGGUGCCGAACCGCGGGUGGCUACGCGUUCGAUUGCUAAAAGAGGAAUGGGUUUCUGUCGAUCGCAGCGAGGUCACUCGCGGAAUCGACGGGGCGAUCGACCGAACGCGGAGCGACGCGCGUUUCGCACACCAACGUUUCAUCGAGAACCGAGAAAAAAACAAAUUGCUAACCAACGAUCCACGGAACCCGAUCGCGAGACAAUGGCGCCUGCCUUCUGGCUGUCGCGACUCGGCCAGGCCGCGCGCGCGAUAUCUCCUUUUAUCGUUCUGGUCCGAGUGUAAAUCGAAACGACGCGACACACCGCGCCCACACACCUGCGAGAGAGCGAGACACGCCAAGAGUAACAUACACACACACGAACACACACAGGCAUAAUACAUAGAGAGUACAUGGAAAACAGACAGACACUUGCACCAUCGGAUACAACUUACAUGAACAAUGUAAUGCAAACAUGCAGAGUCACGAAUCCGCAACAGCGAGAACCAGCGAAACUCUCAUCCAUUUUACCUGGCGAGACACCACGGACACACAUACAGACCCAAUAGUAACACACAAACACAAACACACACGCGUAUACAGCAUUCUGAUAUCCAUUCAUACAGAAUUACACCCCUGCUUGGGGGUAAGGGGGUGGCUGGACACUUUCGCGCACGACUUUUCACCAACACGUACACAGAUAUUACCAACGUGUAAUAAUUUAUUUUUUCACUGGUAUAGUCGGAGAAUUGAUAAUGAGAUAUAUCUGUAGAGCCUAUGUAUUAUAUUCAAGAAUAUGCACUCAUCUUCACGGGUUCUAGCGAAACGGUUCGGAACUACUUGUUCUAACUACCUGUGGACGCAGCGACCCUGAUACAGGGAUAAAAAGAGGUCGGAUUGUGAGAAAGAGGAGAUUAAAAGAGAGAGAGGAAGAGAAAAUGAGAGAGUGGGGCAGGCGACGACUCGUUCCCUUGGAACCAUCGGCGAACCGGACCAGGACCAGCGGGGGUGGCGAUCAUUAAACGAUUUUCAUGGGACACGAUUCUCAUCCUCGUGGGGACGGGGACGAAUCGCUCGUCGGCUCGGGUCGCUGAGAGACUCGCAGUUCCAUACCGUUCGGGACAACUCGUCCUCGGUACGAUUUUACAUUUUAUUUUUAUAAUAAAUGCAGUAGAGCGUAGGGGAGCUGAAACCAGGGGAGGAGAGUAGGGAGGGGAUGUGGGAGAUUGGCGGCGUGUUCGUAGGAUGAACGAGCCGGGCCGUCGUUGCGGUCGAUCCUCACCGCGGUUCGAUGCUUUUCGAGAUUCGUCCCUGACGGACUCGGUUUCGCCGGGAUUGGCAGAAUUUUCUUUUAACCAUCUAAGUUCAAGUUUUCAUGGAAUCCUUUGAAACUAAUCAAAUGAAUAUCUCGAGGAUUCAACACUUUAAAGAAGAAACUGAUGAUGGAUUAGAGACUAUUUUUUAGAAGAUUCGUCCGACUAAGUUGCAGAUUUCGAAAGAAUGUAGUAGCUGCGUUGUUAGCUCCUAGAAGUUUGUAUUCUAUACGCAAAUGAACGGUUGGUGUAAAUCGAUUGAAGUACUCCUUUCGUGGGUGGAAAUACUGUCUAUGAGACAGCAGGAGGGUUUAUAUUACUUAUACAAAGGUGAAGCUUCGGAAUUGUCCGUCGCUCGACCGGGAAACAAGCAGACGCGACACGCGAGAAUUAAUCUGGACGAUCAUUCUGCCCAUCCUGUCUGACGCGGAUUUAAAAUGGCCGCCGAAGGUUCGAUAAUAUCGGGCAACAUCUUCGGCUUGUCAAAGUUCCUCCAAGUGUUGGCGAACUUUCCUAAUUCCGUGGGCAUCGAACAGCGAGCUUCAAUUUCUCGCUGUCCCUAUCGAUCCCGGGACAGCCACGUCCGAACUUCCGCGCCGUUCCUUCCGGGCACGGGGAUUUCCGAGACAUUUCUUGUUUCCCAUGAUCGUGCGCGGUCACUGGGACGAUGCGAAACGGUUACCGUGGAGGACCUGCCGCAACCGGCCUGUGUUCGCGAGAUUAAUUAGGUGAUUACGUUAUUAAAGACCACCAUUGCUGUCCUCGACGGAUAGAGCAUAACGGCGACCGGUACCCGUGAACGCUUAACGUUUACCUAUUUUCUUCAGGGUCUUGCGGGAAUCAUGAACGAGACUGUUUCUCGAUCUGUACUUGAAAUAAAUAGAUCUUUUCGUUAGACUGCAGAUCUUUAUGCAUUUAUAGUUCUCAAAGAUUUUCAAACGAGAAUGAAAUGGAAAUUUCAAUGGGACUUGAUUCGGUUUUAAUGAAUCAACUAUCUCUCUGUUCAUUUGUUCCUUGUUUCAUAGCGUAAGAGUAUAUUCACUUUCUACUUUUUAUAAACGAUUAGAUUAGUCUUGUAACAAUCUUGUUUCAAUCAACGUUAGAAUUCCAUUUAGAUCUGAAUUCGGUAAGAAAAUUUAGAAGCUUAUCGUAGCCUAUCGAAACCGUACGAGGCACUAAUAUAAUUUACUUGCGACACAUUAUACAUUAGAAUAUAACAUUCACGUUCACUCCCCGACAAGACCUCAACUCGCUAAUAAUUAGCAAAUUCCCAAGCGAUUCUCGAUUGUUCUGAACAUUACCCCUGUACUAUACGAAUCGGGCGUCGACGAUGCUGACCCGUGGGACCGCGUACAGCGAAGACAGCAAUGGCGGCUGGAAGUGGUGCCGUGAGCCGCGGGCCAGGCACUAGGUGCUAAAAGUAUUAAAAACAAAAAGUGUUUAUCUUGUCGUCGUCGGACAAACGUACGGAAUACGCGAGGCCGGAGACUGUCGACGCGUUCGCUCGUGGAUCGCAAAAACAGAACCCUGCGAGACAUCGUCCGAAGGAGGAGGGCUGCACGAAACAGAGAACCAACGAAGGGGACAGAGAAAAUGAGAUGCUUCCUUCUUCCGUCGAUCCGCUCGAUCUGUCGCGCUCGGGACCCUCCCCCCUUAAACUAGUUUCUUACCUUUAGCGUGACUUCGUAUCGUGUAAGUGUUUGUAGCAUAAUUUCUAUAGGCGUGACCGUUAAUCGUUCUUUCGUACGAAUUUUUAUAUAGCCCGUUUUGUAUAUGAACCGGACGCAGAGGAGCGGCCACCCGGAAACCGCUGGACGCCGCGAUCGACGGCGGAUUGCGGCCGCGACGCGCGGCGGAUCGAGGACGCGCGAUCGACGCCGUCCGGAUCUCCCGGUUCAAGGAUCGUUCGCUCGAGGGUGUCCGAUACUCGAUCGAGCCACGGUCCCGCGUCGUCGAAACCUCCUUUGAUCUCGAUGAAAACAGAGAAAAAACGAUCGAAGAGAAAAGACAAAAAAAAAGAGAAAAACGAGAAAGAAACGAAAUCCAUCGAUCGAGGAUCGAAGAGCGAUUUCUCUACGGUCGGCGACGCGAGACCGCGGGUUCAUAGAGGAAGUCCAAGAUCAAAGGAUCGAGACGCGACGCUUUCGAAUUAGACAAAUUUAUUAGGCAGAGAAUUAAUCGACGACGCGGAUCGAUAGAUCGAAAUACAGCAUGUGUUGCACCGACCAGCGAGCCGGUCGGCAGCCCGAUGCAUUCAAUGAAAACGGUUCUCCGGCCGCGCGGGGGGUGCUAAAAACAAUGUUUUUAACUGCGGAACUAAUAAGGGUAGCAAAUUUUCGGGGGUGAGACGCGGGUUGAAAGGGACGGCGUGAUGCGGGGGAGGGGAAACAAGAAACGAGAGAACAGUACCCUUUAGUAAUAUCUAAACUUAAUUGUAACUAUUAAC